AUGAGCGAUGUAUAUAUGCGGGAGAUUGUUGAUCUGUCAGCAAAGAAACACGGCUCUCAUUUUGCUGUGUCACACACCUCUGUAGAACAACUAGAGGAAUUUAAUAUGGAUCUGCUUGGGAGAGGCAUGCAGCGGCUCGCACCAAAACUGUGGGGUCUGUUAGAUAAGCUGCUAUUCGCAGGAAAGAAGUCUGUUGGUGUAGCAGUCGUUAUUUUCAGCAUAAUCAUGCAAACUGCAAACCAAAAAUCAAACACGUUUCAAAGCAUCUUUGGUAUCUUUCUGCAGUCCGCACACGCACCUCAAAAGGUCAUAGAGACACUAUCACGGAUGGGAAUCUGUGUCUCCGUUGAUUCGAUCAAUACAGCUGUCACGUCGUUGUCAAAGGAGGCUCACCGUGGCAUUUCUGCUCUGGGGCGGACCCUUCUCGCAUCCUAUGCAUACGAUAAUUUUGAUGUGGACCUUAAAUCGACUGUUCAUACAGUUGACAAGUCAGAAGAUACGCUCAAACAUCUUACCGCUGGCCUCCUUUUUCCGCUACAGCAUGGUACUACUCUCGACAACUUGCAUUGCUUGAAAGCCUUGUGGGAAAGAUCGCUACUCAACCCGCAAGACCGCCUGGGACAUCUGGAGUCAGUAGAAAUGAUCCCUGUGGCCAAAACAAAGAUUCUAGCCUCACGAGCGAUGGAUAUCAGUAAUUCAACGGUAUCUGGGAACAUCAACUCAGUACUUGAGUUAUUGAAGCAGGGAGAUAUUGAAGAUCCGGCAGAAUGUGACCCCCUGCAAGGACUAGAUGUAUCAGAGUACGUCACGCUAUUCCAUGGCGACCUUGGCACAGGCGAACGACUCCAAGCAGCACUCCAGCGACGCGCAAUUGAAAACACACCUUGGAAUUGCCUCCAGCACGUCAUCUUUAUUCCAGGUUUAUUUCAUUUGAAGAUGGCAAGCGCAGAUGCCAUCUGGCGCACCUUCUUGCAGCAUUCCUUGGCGCGACUAGAUGAGAACGCGUUGAUGCGGGAUGUUGGGAUUCUUCGAUUUAAAGAAACAGGUAUAUAUGGCUCGAAGCCUGGGUUUCGUAGAAUGCACCAGCUCAUCACCUAUUCUGGUAUCUGCCGGCGCCUUGAUUGUUGGAGAGUUGAGGUAAAAAAACGUGUUUCCUCACAUGUGGACUUGGAUUCCUUUGCAGCGUCAGAGCCGCUAUUUGAUGAUCUACUUGUGAUAGCAGAUGUAAUUGCAAAGGAGUAUGUUGCUGAUCACAGACUUCGGCGGAUGAGAUCAAAAGAUGUCACUCAGUGUGAUGGAGAAUAUGAAAACGCGCUGCUCAACAAGUACAUGCUACUAUAUGAGGAACUUUCAUACGCUAUGAAUAUUGGGGAUAUUGGGCGAGUGGAAACGUGCAUUGUUGCGUGGAUCCUGAUAUUUAAGGCAACCGGGAAGCAUAAAUAUGCGACGCACAUGUCAGAUUUUCUAUCCAAUGUUCACUUUGUAUACCCAGAUGGCUUGCGGAGAGCCGUUCGAUAUCAUAUUCUUGUGAACCCAUCGGGAAAGGCAGGCAGCUUCCGAGCCGUUGACUGGUGCAUGGAAUUAAAUAACUUGUAUACAAAGGUUAUUCACGGCGGCAAGGGCCCUAAUCGCACCAUAGACCGUAUAAUCUUGGAAUCCCCCCUUGUACAGGUUUAUCGUAACUUACAACGGGUUUUCGAAGAAAAUUUCUUGCAUUCACACCUCACAACUCGACAUGCUAUCGUUGACAUGACGCGGACGUUCAAUGAGCUCUGUAGGUACAUAGCACAGCACUCCCCGCAUGAACCGGUGCUCGGACGAAAAAGCAAACACUCUAUUCCCGAUCUCUACAGUAAAGGUCUCGAAUUAAUAGAUAAACAAUUGGUUCUUAGACAGUAA